UAGUAUCCCCCUUCUUAGUCGUUAGUUACUCGUUUCUGGCAAAUUUAUCGAGCUAAGAAAUAAUAUAGAUAGUCAGCAAUUUCCAACAAUUCACUGUUCGUAUGGAUGCUUCGCAUCAAUCUUUUAAUUUAUUUACGAAGUUGCUCAACUUCUCCUAAAGCUCCGGUAUGGAACAACAGGAUACAAGUGGAAAGUGGAUUUUCCUUUCCCAACGCCAGUCUGCAUAAUGUUUUCCAUUGAUGCGGUGAAUCGUCGUGUAUAUCAUAAGUAAACGAAUUUCAAUCAAAAUGGAAGACUUGCUUUUGAAUAUUGUUAAAGAAGCAAACGGUUCCAAACUAUGCCAUCUGAAGCAAAAGGCCCAGGAGGCACACGAUUUAUUGGCGUCGCAAAACAACCUCUUAAGAAAUCCUUCUUUCGAGUUGCGAUCUGUCUGCUUCAUACCUCUGAAGCUUGCUCUGGAAAGUAAGCGAAGCAAGCUGGUGUCUUUAGCUUUGACCGGGUUGAAUAAAAUUAUACGCGAUGAAAGAUUUCAAUCGGGUACAGAACCUGAGGAUGACUCAUUAUGGCUUCCUGCUCAGCUACUUCUGGCUACGUCGUCAAUGCUAGCACAUUGCGAGGAUACCCAGGUGCACAUUCUAAGGGUUGUUCUGAACCUGGCCUGUACAGCCAGUUGGGCUUUGAAUGGACGCUUAGUGAUGCUGUUGCUGAGUCGCUGCGGCGAUGCUUACGAGCUGGGUACACAGCCAGUUAGAGCUGCAGCUCAAGCUGCAGCCAGCCAGACUUUGACUGCUUUCUGCACUUUUUUGGAUGAAGAGUGUCAAGAAAUACUGCAACAGCAACAAAAGCACAAAAAUUCGGGCAGCAGCGCUGAAAUGGUAUACAAUAAGACUUCAGCAGUGGCUUGCUUCAAUGAAGCCAUUCCCGUGAUGCAAUAUAUUUGCAGCAAAUUGGAGGAAAAUAAAUUAUUACCAAAAUCGGUGGACUCGACAAUUUUUCUUUUAGAGUGUUUGCUCACUUUAGUAAACACGCUUCCACAUACAGUUCAUUCCAAUAUACAUUUCACCACCUUUCUAUGGCAAAGAUUCUGCCCGGCCUUGCUGGCUUUAUUGGGGUCUCCAGGCGAUCCAAGUGGACAAGGAUUGACCAACAACCAGGCCAAAAUAGUUUACAGCAUUGGCAUUCAAGUGGUUCGAUUAGUGGGAAGAGAAAGGCCGUUAAGGCCCGUUCUUGAAGCUCUUUUCCACAGAAUGCUGCUCCUACCAAGCCCCGCGAAACGUCUUGAGCCUUUAAAGGCCGCAAGAGAACUUCUUAGGUCUCCUGGAAGAUUGGCUGAUUUGCUGCUACUGAGUGGACCCAUACACAGACAUGCAGGAGAUGACAUGGCGAUCAUAAGACUAAUAAUGGACUCAAUUGAGGAAUCGUCUCAAUGCAAUGAGCAUGGCGUGGUGUUAGCCAGCGUUGAAUGUGUUGGAGCUCUGUUGGGGUCAUUAGAGGCUCUAUGCCGUGGUGAGGGUCUAAAUCAGGAGGCUGCAGAUCUAGCCAAUUCUCGAUAUGCUCUAUUGGAACAUGCUGAUUAUACAGGCCCUCUAACUUAUCAGUCUUUAGCUAGGUUGCCUAAGCCUUACAGGGAUGUGGUGGCAAAUUUGCGUUAUCAAAGUGAUUCGUCGGAUAGCAGUGGGAUUGAAGGAAAUAUUCGCGACGUGGAAGGAGAGGAAUCAGACUGUUCUGGAGCAACUGAAGGCCCAGAAGAGGAAAUUGUCCAUUCGGAUGAUAGCAUUAUGGAUGAUGAAAGUUUCCUGACCAAUCAACAAUUACAGAAGCUUUACAAGUUGCCAAAGUCUUUAAAUUUAGGUCGCACUGGCUUGGAUGAAUGCAACACGGACAUUGAGAGGCACAAUGCCAGGCAUUUUGUGAAAACACUGCAACAAAUUUUAUUGCCCAAUUUACUGACACUGAGGUCGUCGAUUCAGGUUGACGAAGUUUUGCAAGAAUUUGCCUCAAAAUGUUGCCAACACAACUCAGCGCAAAGUUAUGAAAUAUCCACAAUUAUGAACGCGGAUGGGGUGUAUUUGGCUACUUAUUCCGCCCUUUUGCUUGAUUUAAAGCUGAUCCAAGCAGGCCACUACGACGAAAUUAAAAAAGAAGUAGCUGUCCCCACCACAGAAGUUCAAUUUGUGGAAGAAAUUCAUGGAAGCGGAGUUUUGGUUUACGUGUCUGCCACCUGGCUCUGUGAGCUUUACCAGAAUGUGCUUGCCAAGUCCUUGCUUCUAUCUGCUGGGUAUGAGCCCAAAAAUCGCCAGCAGCCAGCACUAGUGAACUUACUAACAGAUGUUGGCGGAUUGUCCCCUUCGCAACUUCUGACUGACUGGCAAAAGCUCCAGAAAGUCCAAGGAACUCCGGAAUCUAGUCCGGAAGUGGAAGCAGGCAUAAAGUUAUCCAGGAGAGUUUUAACGUGCUGCUGGUCUUCAGUAGUUAGUGUUCUGGGUACUCCGUUGAGAGAAAAAACUCAUCUGAGUGGGACUUCUGCGCUGAGCAGACUGGUAGCUCGUAGGGCGCGUCAGAAAUAUAGGCAAAAAAUCAAAGACGACAUCAUCACUGCUAGCUUGGAAGGCUUACAUAAGGCGGCGAGUUUGAGUAACAUUCUGAAGCUGCAAACAAGAAGCAGUAGCAUUUUAGCAUUACUUUCGGCAUCUUCUUGCAAAAAUCAAUCGACCAAGUUGUUAGCGUCCCAUGCCCUAUCACUGGAUGUUUUGCUCUCCAAAGGACUGGAAUUGGGUUGUUAUAGUGCAGCUUGUUGGCCUCACGUUUUCAGUGCGUGUGUAGCUGUAGCUGGUAUAGAGCAUUCGCUUUUUAGCAAAACUGGUUCAGCUCAACUUCUAAUGGUAGCUCAGAAUACUCAGAACAACAUCAUAACGUCAACGACCAAAUCAGGCAAUCAAGAUUCGCUCAAUUUAAACACGACAGAUGAGGAAACAUGUGUUGAUGUGUACAGCUUCUUGCAUAGCUCUUACGCAUCUGACCAGAGCGGAUCUAAUGAAACAACAAUCGCUGAUAUUGUAGAAAAAAGUGGAGCGAAUAAUACACAAGGCCAAGGCAUUUUACGUGGAGUAUAUGCUGCAAAAAUAUGUUGCGCUUUAUCCCAAAAAGCUGACGAGUUGUUCCAUGCUGCGGCUCUUAGGCUGUCUUUGCCUGGAUUGUGCAGCUUUAUGACCGAGCUGUGCAAAGCUUCACAUGCCCAGCUGUUUACGAAAUACGAGGAAUCCUCCAGUGUACCGAAGAAAUGGUGGAAGAAAGAGUUGGAAAUUCAGCAGAAACCUCCACCCACACUAUUGCUGCAUCGCAUUGGAGAAGUUACAUUAAAAUGCAUCAAAUCUGGACGACCUCUAAUUCACAUUAUGAAAGUCUGGUCUAUUGUGGGGCCUCAUUUUAUGCAAGCGGCGUGUCACAAGGACAGAAUGGUUUCGAAAAAAGCCGUAACUUGCAUUCAUGACUCAGUUACAGCCUUAUUGAAUGAACAGGCUGAACUUCCGCAUUUUCAUUUCAAUGAAGCCCUCAUAAAACCAUUCGAGAACCUGUUGUGCUUGGAGUUAUGUGACCUGGAUGUUCAGGACCAAAUUGUCGCGUGUCUGUGCGAGUUUGUUGAAGCCAACAGAACAGAAAUUUGUUCAGGUUGGAGGCCCCUAUUCGGAACACUUCGAGUUGCAAACGCCAAGAAUAACUCUGCUGCUGUUUCGGAUGUCUUCAGAAUUUUCUUAUCCACCGACAACACUUUGGUGUUUGCAAAUGCAGCUUUAGAUUAUAUUCUGUGCUUACUGUCUCAUAUAAAGAAUGCAGAUGAUGAUGGAACUGGGGAUAACUCACUACCAGCCACUCCGAGCACAUUGAGUAAAAAACCUGUGGGAUUCUUUGAGAAGGAUGUUGAGUUUCCUUCAAAGCUAUUGAUAGGCUGUGUAGACUUAUGUUUCGAAUCGCUGAAGCUACUGCAGAACUCUUCAGAAAUAUUGUCCAUGAUGUACUCAAUGCCAAAGUCGCCAACGUUUAAUCUCUCGCAUCGAAUGAUUAUUGAUACUGAACCUCAACUUGUCGACCCCGUGGUAAAGGACUCAGAAAUCGUCAGCUUCAGUCAUAUGCAUAAUGAUCAUGUUGAUUACGAAGUGCUCAGCAUUCAGGAAGACUUUGAUGAAUGUGCGAAAAGCGGAAUCAGGUUGACGGAGUUGGAUAAUCAAAGCGGAGUGUUGAAGGUGUAUUAUAUUCUGCUUGACGGUUUGUCCUCAGCUAUAAUCCUGUCAUCGCCCAAGAAUCAACCAUACGUAAUCGAAAGUCUUUUCAAACUGUUGAGAGAUGUAAUCAUUAGUCCGGGUAUAAACUUUGGGUUUUGUUGUAUCAAUCACAUCCUGCUUCCAAUGGUGCAGAAUUGGUUGCGCCAAAACUCCAAAUCCCAGAAGACCCAAGAAGUAUGGCAGAACUUCAAGCACUGUUGUGGUUUAGCCAGUGAAUUAGUAGUUGAUUAUUUGUAUCAUGUUCAGGGCGAUUCUAGUCAAUUGAAACAAAAUCCUGCAGCUACUCUAGCGCUAAAACAGUUGCUGCUGAUUUUAAUAGAAUGCAUUGCUCAGCCGCAUGAAAAUGUUGCUAGACUUGGAACGUCUUGCUUGAGACAUGUUAUUCUGGGUGUUGGAAAACUUUUAACUGAAAGCCAAUGGACGAUUUUAGUCACAGCUUUGCAUAGAGCUUGCUACGUUAGCCUUUGUCCUUUAUAUCAGCUUACGUUAGCAUUCAAGGAAAACUCUGAUAGCUUUUAUGGAGACCUGGCAACUGUGAAGGUGGCAGCAAGGAAAGAUAGCACCCCAACUGAAAAUGAACGCUUGUAUGAGCUGGCCCAGCAAGUUUUCCUAAUGCCUUUUCAGAGAAACUGCGGAAAAUGCACAGGCAGAGCUUGCGAGUGUGAAAAGGGCAUUGCCAUUGAUGAUAGAAGUUAUGUGUUUCUAUUGUACCCAAUUGACUGUAACUUGAUGCUUAAUCCUGAUAUGUACACCAUCCGAGUACCAUUUAGGAACCUGGUGGUGGGAAUUCUGGCCCAUCAGAUGUUGAUUCAGACUAUAUCAAGCGCUUUGCUACAGAAUCUCAAACAUGUUACCCCGAUAUUGAAUAUUUUGCAGAUAAACUCCUGCAGCUUAAGGGGUAUUUUGCCAAAAGUUAAAGCCAAGCACGUUCACAUGCUUCUAAAGUGCUUAGAGUUAUCCAAUAUCAAAGCUAAAGAUUUUGAUAUGCGACCUGGAUUGAAAUUCCUAACUCAGAAAGUGGGAAAUCUUUGCAAAUCUGCAAAUUUAUACACGCAGGCCAAUACAUCGGAAGUUGUGCAGAUCAUCGUUUUGAUUGAAUGUUGCCUUGAUGGCAUUGAAAGAUACAGUAUCGAGCCAAAAAAUAUGAAAGAAAUUCUUGCUAAGGAAGAUGAUAUUGGGGACGAAGACAGAACUGAUGUCAAGCAGGAAUCUGAAAAGGAUGACUUGGGAUAUUUGGAAAUAUUUUUAAGAAAAUUGCAUUGUAAAUGGGAAAGACUGUGCGAGUCGUACAUUAAUCUCACUAUAAACAUUCCGGAAGAAACUAUCGAAGAAUCGGAGAAAGAAAAACCCAAAGAUGAAGCUGCUGAACCCCAGGUAUUUAAACUAGCCGAGUUCAAGCAGCAAUAUGAAACUGAUAAUAUCAGCACUUUGAGUACGGAUUCGGAAAGUUAUUUGGAGAAGGAAGCACUACCCAAUGUAAAAGACGAUAAAAUUGAAGAAACAGCUAAAGCCGAAAGUCUACCAAGCGGAGGCGAUGAGCAAUCGAUCUCGCCAACCUUACCACAAACGUCGAAAAAAACUGGAAAACUGGAUAAUGGAUAUUCCACAGACGACGAAACCAAUGAACUGGCUGCAAAGAGAUAUGAAGUGGCUUAUGAAAAGUAUAAAGUUGAACUUAAUUCCAUCAAGUAUGAUAGGAAUACAUUGCUGCAGAUGCGAGAGUCAACGAUUUCCAGCGAUAACAUCAUUCUGAGUUGCACCAGGCCUGGAGACUUAACAAAAUCUUCCAGCUGCCAGUUAUGGACAGAAGACGGUAGAAUUAACGGCAAUCGCAGAAUUUUUGUCGGCACCAGUCCAAAGUUAAAUCCUUUCAUGCCGUCUACUAUUCCUCCACCUCAGCCUGUACCGCCCGAAAUUCAGCAGCAAAGAGCAUUGAGCAUUUGUAAGGAUGCUGAAUCAUGCAAGACUACUAAAAUUGAGACAAUGGAAGCGUGCUUGGAACUGCUUAGCAGUUUGCCAUCCGAGAAAUUGUCACCAUUGGCUUCACUAUUGAAACAGGGUGCAGUGAUGUUGAUUGGUGCUCAGGACGAAAAGAUCAAGACAACCGCUGAACUUUUGCUGCAAAGGAUGAAUAUUUCGUAUGUCGAUUACGACGAUUACUAAAUGGGUAAAUAUUUUCCAAAAUUCCAAGUGAAUAAUGAAGUGUAUCCAUUUGUUCCUGCUAAAGUUGCAUAUUAUUUAUACCAAUAAUAUACCGUCACAUUGGCUAAGAAGGGUAAUAAGUUAAUUUGGUAUACAGUUUGAGGAGAGAAAUGAACAGAUAAGCGCUUUCAGGUUGGCCUAAAAAAGUAUGGUAGCAUUUAAGGCUUUUAGAGCCAUAUUAGCUAGCGUAUGAAUAAAGCACAAAAAAGCUUUUAUGAAAAGCAAGCACACAUUUGAACAAACCAGGUUUGAAUUGAACUAGUGAGAUGGUAAAGACAGAUAUUUUUUCGAAUAUUGUACUAGCUACUAAUAAUAUCCUCGAUUCUUUUCAGUCGUUUAAGGUGCCCUAUAUCUUAAGAGCUAUUAAAUGUAAACGCUUCUUGCCAUACAGUGUGGAUCAGUUGUAAUCUUUGAAAAUAUUGUUUCGAUUAAUUUUAAAGUGCACUAAAAUUGAGAUAAAUGUCACUAAACGGUCGAUUUUUAAUUAAAAUUAUUUACAAAAUGAAUGAAAAGGAAAUCGACGAUAUCAAGCAAACAUGUUUUUCUAUCGUUUCCAGGUAAGAUAAAUUUGUUAGUUUCUCAGGUAUAGGAUUGGUUCUCAUAACAAAAGUACAUUAUUUAUAAGUUUUAGUUUCUUAACGUUUGGUGUAUUUAUUCUGAUUAUGUUUCAUCUUUAAAUUAUAUAAAUAAAGUGACACCAAGGAACAACGAAAAAAAAAACAUACGUUUUUACGUAUCAUUUUCUACAAAAAUGUAACUUUUUUCCUAGAUAGAAGAAACGUUCUUAAUUCAGAAAAUACAAUAUAUGCAAGUGCAUUACAACUGUACCAUCCUGCAUAUGUAUAGUAUAGUUAAACAUACAAAUAGCAUAUAUUUUUUUUGUAUAUCUGCAUUUUUUCCAUAAGUAGUAUUAAUCUAGAAUUAUAGGCCAAUUAUUUCACUUUAUGGAGGCUUAUUUUUUGAAAGACAAGAAAUUCCACAUAAUUAAGACUUUAUUCUGUUACUGUGAUUAAAACGUAUGUGAUUAGUUAUUUGAUGUUUCGAAGUACCAAACCUGAGCAUCUAACCAACUUUUAUGUAUAUCAUUAUUAUUAUUGCUCACUAAAUACACUUGCGCUCAUGCUUAGUUUAAUA